UUCCUUUCUUUCGUUACCCUUAUUAUAAGGUCAGGGAUUAGGGAACAAACAUUAUAACAAAAUCCCUAAUUUUCAUUCCGUUUUCUUCAGAUCCGCCCAUCGAUUAACCUAAUCCCCAAUCCGGUCAACAUCAUGAUGCAGCAACCGGGAGCAGGAGCCGGCGGUGUACCGCAACAAGCAGCAUCAGCAGAUCAGCAGCAACAGUGGAUGAUGAUGCAGCAGCAGCAAUCGCAGCCUGUUCCGCCGCCUGCUGGAUGGACCCCACCCCCCGUCCCUCCUCCGGCGCAAUACGGCGCUGUUGCCGCUGGGGCAUCUCAGGGCAGUGAGAACGAUAUUAAAUCGCUUUGGAUUGGUGAUUUGCAGCCCUGGAUGGAUGAAAAUUAUAUUUUCAAUAUCUUCGCCGCCACCGGAGAGAUUGCAUCAGCUAAGGUUAUUAGAAAUAAGCAGACAGGCCUGCCCGAGGGCUAUGGUUUCAUAGAGUUUGCUUCUCGUACAGCAGCAGAAAGGAUUUUGCAGACAUAUAAUGGUGCUCAGAUGCCUAAUAGUGAGCAGAUUUUUCGGCUAAACUGGGCUACUCUUGCGGCUGGUGAAAGGCGUCAAGAUGACGGUCCAGAUUAUACUGUUUUUGUUGGAGAUUUAGCUCCUGAUGUUACUGAUUAUUUAUUGCAAGAAACUUUCAGAGCUGUUUACCCAUCUGUAAAAGGUGCAAAAGUUGUCACUGAUAGGCUUACAGGACGUACUAAGGGAUAUGGGUUUGUGAGAUUUGGUGAUGAAAAUGAACAAAGGAGAGCUAUGGUUGAAAUGAAUGGACAGUAUUGUUCUACUAGGGCUAUGCGAAUUGGUCCGGCUGCUACAAAGAAGCCUGCAGUUCAGCAAUUUCAGAAAGCACCCUUCCAGAGUACUCAAGGAACUCAAGGAAGCCAGGGAGAGAAUGAUCCCAAUAAUACCACAAUAUUUGUGGGUGCCCUUGACCCAAGUGUUACAGAUGAUUAUUUGAGACAAGUGUUCAGUAAAUAUGGUGAGCUUGUGCAUGUGAAGAUACCUGCUGGCAAGCGAUGUGGAUUUGUGCAGUUCGCUAACAGAUCCUCUGCAGAGCAAGCUCUAUUGAGCUUGAAUGGAACACAGUUAGCAGGUCAAAGUAUUCGUCUUUCAUGGGGCCGCAGUCCUUCAAACAAGCAGGCUCAGCCAGAUCAAAGCCAGUGGAAUGGUGGCGGUGGUGGAUAUUAUGGGUAUGCUGCUCAGGGAUAUGAUGCAUAUGGAUAUGCACCUCCCCAAGACCCUAACAUGUAUUAUGGUGGCUAUCCUGGAUAUGGAAACUACCAGCAACCAGGUGCUUACCAACAGCCGCAGCAGGUUUACCAGCAGCCACAACAGUGAUAUAUUCUGUUGCUAGAUGAAACACGAAGACGGGGUCAAUUCCUCGACAUUAUAAAUUGAGGUUGCAGUUGUUUGCUCUACAUGGGGUGUUGUAUAAUGCUCUUCUUGGUGUUUGGAACUAGGCUUCAAACCAUUUUGUCUUUAGCCUUAGACUAUAGAUGACUAGUGUGUUUGAAGGCAUAAUCAUGAACUUGCCAGAUAUUGGUGUUGUGCUGUUCAAUGGAUCUUCUUACUUUUUUUCUUCUAUGUUAUUUGUUUGUGCUUACUGUUGGUGUACUAUGGAUUUGCUAUUUAUGCUGAUGUUUCAUUUCUUAAA